UGCAUACGAAGAAACGCGAGUGUAAUCGCGAUUCGAUCACUAGUGCAACUGCAUCUAGCGAAGCGAACGUUUUCCUGGUCCGAAGUCUCUCACCUGCCAAUAAAACCGGUGUCGGUCAAAGUGCAAUCGGACAUUAUUAUGAUCACAGCACUAUAAUCUUGACAGCAACAAACUGCCCUGCCGGAGAUGAGUGGCACCCCUCUGCCUGUUCCGCUUGCUUCAGGCCGCGCAGCCCUGGACUGCAGCGUGGAGGGCCCGCACUAUAAAUGCAUACGUACGCCGCCCCGGCCGCGUCUGUCCGCCGCAAGCGCGCUCGCCUCAGCCACCUAGCGCACGCGCAGCCAACAAACACACGAAAAAUACAAUUAAUUUUAAACAUGAACAACGCCGAACUCUACCAGGGGAACAACACCCUCCAAAAGAGAGACGCCAUCGACUGUUUAGAAGAAUUCGCAAAUAAAAUCAGAUGGAAGAGAAGCGGGGAGCGGAUCAUAGAUAUCGGAUGCGGCGAUGGCAGUGUUACCGUGAAGCUACUUCGGGAGUACGUACCUGAUAACUUCGAGAAACUCCUGGGCUGCGAUAUAAGCGAGAAAAUGGUCGCGUUCGCGAACCUACAUCACAAGGACGAGCGGACUGAUUUCACAAUACUGGACAUUGAGAGGAAACUGCCGAAGGACCUGAGGAAUGCCUUCGACCAUGUAUUUUCCUUUUAUACCCUUCACUGGAUUAAGGAUCAAGAGUCAGCGUUCGAGAACAUCUUCGACCUGCUCACUCCAGGAGGCGAGUGCCUGCUCAGCUUCCUCGGCCAUAACCCUGUCUUCGAUGUAUACCGGAUCCUGGCUCAGAGCAACAAAUGGAGCAGCUGGCUGCGAGGCGUCGACCGGUUCAUAUCGCCGUACCAUGAGUCACAGGAGCCAGAGAAAGAAAUCAGGAAAAUGAUGAAUAAAAUAGGAUUCAAUGAUAUCUCUGUGAAAUGUCAAGAGAAAAUAUUUAUCUACAACAGUCCUGAAGCUGUAAAAAAAGCAGUUCAGGCAGUGAACCCCUUCCCUAUGCCAAAAGACGUGUUCGACGACUUCAUGCUCGACUACGUGGACGUGCUGCGAGACAUGAAGCUGAUCGACGAGAGCAACAACAACAAACCGGCCAGUAUCAGGACAAAUUACAAACUCAUUGUGGUGUACGGGAGCAAAUGUGACUUGAGUACAAGUGCCUGAACUCUUUACGUGGUAUUAUACAUAAUAGCCUAUUCGGUUGGCCAGUGCCUGUAUAGCAUUCCGAAUUAUUUUGUUUCCAAAAACAAAAGACGAUUGUCAUAUAAUCUGCUAAACAUUUUUUUUUUAAUUUUAUUAUGAAUGACAUUGGUAUCAGAAUCUGAUUCCGCUCUAAAAGAACCACAGUUACCUGGGGUGUCUUAAAACAACGAAAUGUCCAAAUAUAAGUGCUCCAUAAUUGACUCAUUGUUAUUUACCAUAGUAAGGUGUAACGGGGUAGGUAUGUACUCGUAUAACGCAAUCUCAGUCUUGUAUGAAAAAACGACAGCAUAUUUAAAAGCUGAACACUGGAGCAACUUAACAUGUUGUAAUAGGUUCUAUAUUAGUCUGAGGUGCUGUUGGCUGUACAAAAAUCAGAGAACAAACCGUAUAUUUGUAUUACGGGACGUGGCCAGUACCUACUCGUACCACAUUUAUAAAAGACCUAGGCCAGCCUCAUAGAAUUGAAAGAGGUUUUGCUGACUGAUCAAUUUUUAUUAGAGAAACAUAAUUUUUAAGAUGUUUUUAAGUUAUUCAUAAUUUAUUAAGUUAUUCUUUGUUAUAGAUAUAAGAAAAUACGUUAAAGUAUUAUAGGUACGAAGAAUUUAUUGUGCGUAAAGUUCCUUUAAGAAUCUAUUUUGCUUGGUAUUCAAGUUUUAAUGGAUAUAAUGGUACAAAAGAAAUUAUAGUGGGUUAAGGGAUGUAGAACUAAUAUUAAUAACCAAUUAUGGUGGUUUUAGCUAAGUUACAAUAAGUAUCAGUAUUGCAUUCCCACCGUAACCCAUCAGGCAGUUUAGCAAAUAAAAAUUAGUUUAUAAUAAAUUACAAAUAUUUGUACAAUAUUGUCUUAAUCGUACAUAACAUCUUCCAGAAACAAAAUUAUUGUCAUUAUCGUUUUAACAGUUGGGUAGCUGACCACUACUGACCAGUGACCAAUAAACAUAACAUGUUUUUCUAUCAUGUGAAAUGAAAUUGACUAUUUACGUAAUGAUUUUAACAAAAAUAUCUGGGGUUUCAGGACUAAGUUGCAAUAUUUUUUAAGACGUAAUGCGUUUUGUAUUGGUGAAGACUACCCAAUUUCUAUUUCUUACAUUGGUUGUGACUACAGAUUUUAGUUUAAUUAAAAAAUAAGUAAAUUAAGUUUUGUUAUAACAAUAAUUAAGUAUAAU